CUGUUUGUCAGUGCCACUGUCAAAAUUUUGUUUGCUAUUUGCUAGUCGGUAUCCAAUAAUAAUUAUGGUGUGAUAGGUAAAUUGUUGUUUUUCUAAUUGAAGUGUAAAGAUAUGCGUAUUUAAAAAAAAUAUUAUGCUUGUAUUCAUGUUUAAAUUGCAUUUUAAUAAUCAUUAUUGAUACCAAUUAUUAUUUGUAAGCUAUGGUAUAGUGUAAUAUACAACUGGGAUUGCAAGCUUCAGAUUAACGAUUGACAGCGCUGAUUCUCAACAUCUCGACACAAUUUAAAUUUUCAUGUUGACCCGCUGCCCAAUCCGCUAGUCAUGAGAGCAGUUGCCGAUAAAUGGAAUUUGGGAGUGAAGGCCAGGUCUCGCUCGGUCACGAUUUGAGGAGUUUGGAGACAGUUCGCGCUCUCCACCAAACUGUAAUCUCUCUCCGCGUCGCUUUGGAGCAAUCUCGCGCCGAGCUUCAUUCGCUGCGCUCAAAGUUCCAGACUAAUUUUGAUCAGUCCCUUUAUACCAGCACUAUUGAGAAAUUAUCGUUGGAGAAUCAUAUUUUGAGACAACGGGCGCUUUCAGCUAGUCACGGCAAUUUGAACGCUAUUACUAACGGUACAAGGGCUGUGUCGGCUAGCCAUGGCAAUUUAAGUGCUAUUUAUGACGUCCCCAGGACUGUAUCGGCUAGUAACGGAAAUUUGAAUGUCAUUCUAGACGUGCCCAGAAUAUUGCCAUCUAGUAAUGGAAAUUUGAAUUCUAUUCUUAACGUUCCCACCACUGUGUCACCUAGUACCGGAAAUUUAAAGACGAUUUUGAAGGUUCCUAGAUCUGUAUUAUUGUCUGAUAACGAAAAUUUGGAGGCAUCACCCAGGUCUGUUUCCUAUAGUAACAGAAAUUCAAAUACGAUUUUAGACACCUCGAAGGCUUCAUUCUCUAGUAAUGGGAAUUUAAAAACAAUAUUGCACGCUCCCCCACAAAUAAAAGUCUCAAUGGAACCAGACACUGUGAAAGAGAAAGAAUCAGAACAAGUAACAGAUGAGCUAGAUGAAGUAGUGGAAGAGGACGAAGUAGAGGGUUACGAUGAGAGAGAUGAAGUGUUUGAAACAGAUAGUGAUAAUCUACAGAAUGGAGAGGAAAAUAAAACAGGGGAUGAGGAGGAUGAUAAUAAGCCGAAGAUAACCAAAGGAGAGUCGGAGGACUCUGAGGAGGUGGAUGAUAUUGAGCUCAUAUUCACGACUGAGGACACCAAAGAGUUGAGUGCACUUCAAGAGGAUCUAGUUUCGAUUGCUGAAACUGACUGUUGGCCUAGUAAAGGUGGUGGCAAUGACGGUUUGGAUGGUGAUACCAAGAAACGAUGGACACAUUCUGUGCUGGUUGAGACAGAUAUUUCCAAGUGUGGCAUAUUUGAUGAGAAUGAUGAGCCUCACAUGCCUGAUCAGGGAAGACGGUAUACCUUACCGGAUCCCGCUCCUCACCGCCCUAUAAUCCGCACAUUGUCUGGUAGUAGAAGUCAGUUGCUGGAUUGUAGUGGUAGUACACCACAGCCCACACGACCGUUGGCUGUCAAAUUUAUGCAGCACAAUAAUAGCAUCAAACAACGCACGGCUCGUCCGAUUUUGGUAGAGAAGGAGACAAGUAAACAGGAGUCAGAAGCUCAGACAGAUAUCACAGCGCUUCCAGCCCACUGGCGGUCGGAGAGUUAUCUGGCACACAAGGUGUCCUAUCAGUUCACGACGUUACCGUCUAAAUUCGCGUUCCCUGUGCAGACUCCUCCCAGAAAGCACUCGUUGAAGCUGUGUGAGAAGACACAGGAGGCUAGGAGGGUGUUAUUGUCUGAUAUCAAUUUCACAAGUAUGGUGCCGGAGUUGUCUAGGAGUGCUGAUCAUCUGUGUAAUAAUGAGGGCGUGAAUAUCAAUGCGAGUAUGUUGUGUAAAAAUUAUCCGCGGGCCUUUUCCUACAUGAAGAACCCGGAUGUGAUGUGUUCGGGAUGGUCGCCAUGUGAGUGCACGGGCCAGAUGAGCAGCUGGGAUUGCUACAGGAGUGGAGGCGGAUCUUCGAUGUUGUCGAUGAUGCAGUCGCCGUCGGCCCAGGACCUAGUCGACCACCAACCCAGGAGGCGUCACUCGAUGCGGCCAAGCACUUCGUCGACGGACACGUGUUGGGGUUCGAUGACGUCACGCGGAGGCGCCAACUGGUCGGUGCCCUCGUCACCGACGCACUGUCGUCGCUCGAGGAGCAUCCCCUUGCAUCAGGACGGUGGGGUGGGGGGAGGGAGCGGCCGCAGGUCGGACUCGAGGUUUAUGUCGUCAUCAGCGUCGUGUGGACGCGCCCCCUUCCGCAAGGCUAGGAAUCGGGUCACCUUUCAAGAGGGGCGGUGCCGGCGCCCCGGCCAGUCGCUACCCGACCUGCGCCUGCCGCUGGAGGUGGCGGACAGUGGCGAGGACUCGACCGACUCGCUGAUCGAAGAGUCAGAGGACUUCCUGCGCCAGUCGAUCGACUCGAUGCUCACCGGAGCCAGAGCCGACUACUCGCACCUCAGUCGCCACAGACGCAAGCCGCGCCGCCACUCCGAUCCUGACCCCAUCACAGAAUACGAGCCGCCGAAAUCAGCGCAACCGUUCCUGGCACGUGUUGCGCGCGACCUGAAGCUGGACUACUGGGUGAAGGUGAUUGGCCCGGAUGGCGGUGGAGCGGGGGGCGGCAGAGUGGUGGUGGGGCGAGUGAAGUACGUGGGUCCUCUGCCGGGCGGGCGAACCGAGCCUCAUGUCGGAGUCCGCCUGCCGAGAGCCAUCGGCAACUCAGACGGCACUGUCGACGGCCGCAGGUUUUUUGACUGCGAACCAGACCAUGCAGUUUUUGUGCCAUUCAAGAAGGUUGUAAUGGCGUGGAGCAACUGAGGUAAUUACUCAAUCAUUCAUCUCAUUAUUCUACUUCUAUUUUCUAAGCUGGCAUUGAUUCCUAUAAAUUAUCAUGUAAUACUAAUGACUAGUGAAUUAUCUCUGUCUUACGAAUUGGAAAAUAAUUAAUUGGGUGGUAAAUUGUUUUAUUGUAAAAACACCUAACUAACAAAAUACCCUCUCUACCUGAAUAACCGAAGUACCUAACAUUUCAUUUCAAUCAAACGUUAUAUCUAUUUCAUUCCUGGUCAUGUAGCUGUUUUAAAUGUAGGGGUGUCCAUAGGGCGACCUUUGUGCCAGGGUGCCUCACUUGUGGGGGAGCAGUUUGGGAUAUUUGGAGAAGGGGUGCAUCAUUGGGCUUCACCCCUGUUGUCUAGGCCAUUGGUAAAACUAGAAACUAUUAUUAGUAUUCUAUUCAUUACCUAGGAUUUUUAUUCUUCAAUACUGUAAUUGCGUUGAUGAAACCAUAGAGAAGAUUUUUUUAUAAUAAAACGUAGUGUCAUUGAUAUAUUAAAAUGAAAGUAUUAUUUUUCACACUUUCAUUAAUCAAUAUUCACUAUUUCCUAUUUUUGAUUUUUUUCAAUUGGCAUUGAAAGUACCAUAAACUAAUAAAUGUAGACGUAUUAUUCCAAGUUAUAAAACCAAGGCGUUACUAUACUUUAUCUAGUCUUUCAGCAACAUAAGAUAUGAUUUUAUUUUAUUUUUUGGUUAAAUCUCAUACUCCUAAUUCUAUCUAAGCUUUGAUUCUAUUGAACUUUAUAAGCUACAAAAAAGAAGUUUUUAUCAUUAUUUUUUUUAAUUUCCAUAUUUCAAUCUAAUAAAGAUGGAAAAUCUGGAGUAGUCGAGUUUUAUAUUUAAGUAUCUUGGAUUUAUUUCAAGUUUCUAAAUGUUUUAGACUUUUUUGUUUUAUUUGAUUUCAUUUCAAGAAUAAAUUAUAUUAAACAUAUUUCAUUUUUAUAUUCUUCAAGUUUUCUUUAUUAAGAAAUUUCUCUUUUCGAGAUUUAUUUUCUCUACAUCGAUCUUCAUAAUUUCUUUGUUUCAAUUAUUGUUCAUGAACUUCAACCCAUUUCUUGAAAACCAUUUUAUAUUAUUGAUAGAUUAAUUACUUUUAUUUUGCUGCUCUUUUAUUUUGCUGCUCAUCCCUGAAUCACUCUAUUCAAAAUGUGUUUAAAUUAAUCGUGUUUACAUUAUGAUGCAUCUUAGAACGACCUCAACAGUGUUGUAUUGUAUAUUAUAUGCGUAGGUUAAUUAUCUUCUAUACAUAGAAAUUGUCCCUAACUCAAUAUAAUCACAGUCACAAUUAAUUUCUAAUAAUUAUUGAGAGAAUAACAGGAAAAAUUAUAUUUAUUUUCAAAGAAGUAUUGAUACUUAUAACUUUUUUAUCUGUGGCAUCUUCAAUAUAAAUUUGACCAACAUAACACAAAAUUCUUGAAAGAGUUUGCUUAUCGGACCAACUGCCAGUUACUUGAUCGUUAAUCUUCAAUUAGGCUUCGUAAUGGUUAAUCGCAGAUUAACAUUUUAUUCAGUACGUGCAACUGGCUGUUAGAUACAUACAUAAUAACGACAAAAAAUCACAUUGUAUUGGUAUUAUAAUUUUCAAUCUAUAAAACUAGUAUAUUUUGAUAAUGCUACUACGUUCUAUUUGUGGAUAUUGACAAAUUCAACUCAGAAAACCUGAUUUCGAAAGAGAGAAAAUGAUGAAUUCCAAUCACAAACUUAAUUAUGAAAAAAUAGAGAAAUUGCUGCAUAAAUGUGUGCAUUUACUCAACAAUGUGGAUUUUGUGAUCAAUUCAUUGAUGGCUAAAAUUAUAAAUUGAAGCUUUCCCACAAGGGACUCACACCAACUAAAGGUCAUACGAAUUUAUUUAUUUGUAAACAAUAACAUUAAUUUCGAUAUCUGGAUUUUUUUCAAUAAUUUUGUGUUGUAAUCAAAGGUGAUGUAAUAGGUGUUGUACUGUGUUACGGUAAUGAUUUGUUGAAAUAUUUGAUGUAUCUACAUAUUGUGGUUCCACUUCAAAAAAUGUACCAAUUUGAAAUAUCUACUGUAAAACAUCUUAAUCCAACCUCGUGCAAUAUUAUUCUAUCGAUUUCUAUAUAACUAACUUCAAACCCGAGAGUAUACUACACUCGAUUUGUUGGUUCCAUAAUUAUUAUGUAUGUGUACGAAUGUGUCCACAUACGUACUGUGUAUGUACACUGACGUAUAAGUAAAUAUUUAGAUAUACAUGGAAAACGGUAUUGUAAUUUUUGAAAAAUACCUCUUCGAAUUCUUUACUCUAUAUGUAUUUUUGCGGUGAUAAUAUUCAAAUAUCAAUGACUGACAAUUAUUCAUUGAAUAUAUAUCACUUUAAUGGACAAAUAGAUGUUUUUAGAAAAUGUUUAAAAAACCCGAAUUGUUGUUGUUGUUGUUGUGAGGAUGCAAUAGUUAACGAGUCUGAUUGAUAAAGUUCAUAGUUUUGGAUGGAAUCUGUAGGAUCAGUGGAUACAAAUAUAAAUAUUCUAUUAUUUUAUCAGAUACUUGAUGUUUGUUGUAACUAGAUGAAUUAUGAAUAAUUUACAACUUUUAUAGAUUUUCAAAGUUUUAAGAUAGUGAUAUUACCAUGUUAUUCUAUGUAUUAAUUUUCCCAAUGCCAAAUAUUCUAUAAUUUUGUCAGAUUAAUAAAUAAAUUAUACCAUUAUGAAUAUUACUAACACCUCACGUAUUAGUGUUACGUAGUUUAGGGAUGGUAAGGUACCAAACCUAGUCGAAUUUUCCUGUCCUAGUUACUGGUGACAAGCGGUUCACCUCAAAUCAUACCAAAGUGUAAUUAAUUUUUAAAGCUUUAAAGCAAGAUUAAGAAUAAAUGAAUAUAGGAAUUGAUGAGAUUUUUAUGAGUUAUUAUUUUAUUGGAUCUAUUAUUCAUGAAACAUAUUCAACUAAAAAUUUUAGGUUUAGUAUUGUGCAGUAUUCUGAAGUUUCUAGGCUGGUUUUUAAGGUGAUAUUUUAUUUAUUUUAAGUUCAGUAAAUUAUUAUUUUUAUUCUUCUGUGAUAUUGCAGUAACAAUUAAAUUCAGAUAUCUAAUUAUUUGAAUGAUUUGCGUUUCUGAUACUAAUGUUGAAAAUAUUGUAAAUCAAAAAUAGUCAUUAGAAUGUCAUACUAAUAUACCACGGUUAAAAUCCACUAGAUAAUAUUCAUAUAUUGUGAUAAUAAUUUAUAGACUAUACAAAGAAUCAAGACGAAGUAAUUAUUUCAGAAAUAAUGAAAAUUUGGAUUUUGUUUCAAUAUAUUACAUCGCCUUCAACCAAAUAAUAGUAGCAAGUCAAUCAGCUAAAAGCAUAAUCCAUCAAAUAAUUUUUUAUAAAUUGAUUAAUCAUUCAUAGGUAAUUAACGAAUAGGCGGAUACUUAUUAUUCAAUUAACGAAUAGGUUGAUUAAUGUUGGAACAACUCAUUCCAAAACAUAUUUACAAAAUAUUUUGAGAACUGUCCUAGGGAAUUACGAAGCACGCUUUGGUAAACAGUUCUUACAAUCUUUCAUAAAUAUGGUCCUUAGUAUUUUAUCAUGGGUAGUUUCGUUCACGCUUAAUUCAUUUAAAUCCAUUGUGACUGGUUAUUUUAUCACUAUCUAUAAACAAUAAAUUCAUGAUAGCUUUCUAUCAAUGAAAUAAAAUGUCAACGCGAUAAUCGCGUUUCUCUAGUCGUAUAUAAUUAAUUGGUAUAAUAAUAUUUUUCUUCUUAACUCAUGUUUGUUCAGUUUUAAAUCUAAACUGGUAGUUUGUUUUGUAGAAUUGCACAAAUUGUUUUGUUUUACAAAAGUUUAUUUUUUGGUUUUAUUUAUAGGCCUAUGAUUAAUUCUGUCAGGUUUAGCACAAGUUUUCAACUUAUUGCUUUUGUAUUGAAUUUUCUAUUAAAGACUAGCACUAUAUGGUAUAGUAAUAUUUUAACCUAUAUUUUUAUAAUGAAUAUCACUUGUUUGAUACCAAAGUUUCAAGGUUUUUCAAAAUUUGGUGCUCUGAAUUUUCCAUAAUUUUUAUGUUGGAAAAUAAGAGAAAAAAUUAAGAUCAGGAAUAGAAGAUUGAGUUUAAUUUGGAAUUAUUAUAAGAAUGUAAAUUCUCAAGAAAGUAAAUUUGUUACAGUGUUAAAUUUCAACAGCCUGUAACAACACUAUCAAUCAUUGUUAGAUUUGUGAUCAUUGGUUAGCUUAUAACAGAUUAAAUUCUGUCAAUUAGUUAUAUUUUUGUGUUCCAUUCAUGUACAAUUCUCCACAGUAUUUCUGAAUGUUAUACAGAUCUUAUUUAUCAGUAAGGUGCCUAUAUAGAGUUUUUCAACUGCACUGUUAUCAAUACAUUCAUGUCGAUUUGAAUAUUUUAAAAUCAAUUAAUUUAAAUCAUUCAAUAAAAUCAUAAAUUUCACAUUAAUGUGGUCGAAUUAAAUUAAUGCAAUAGACAGUCUUUUAAAAGUAUGUCUGGAUUCCAAAAUAAAUAAAAUUCCAAUGUAAUUUCUUGCACAAUACCCAAGACUGACAUUUUUUGUCAAGUUGAAGAGUUUGACAACUAUUUGAUUGUUUUUUUAAGUGUGUGUGUGUAUGUGUGAAAAUUUGUUUUCUUCUAAUCUUGAGAAAGAUUUAUUAGCAUUAAGUUGAAUUGAAACCAAUAUAGGUACUUGUUAAGUGGUAAUUUGUAUUAUCCUAUGUCAACCUAAUUAUAAAUCCACCUAAAUCUACUUAUUCAAUAUGAACAUCUGAUAAACAAUCCUGUCCAUACCCAACACCUCCAUGAAUCUAAUAAUCUAUGCAUAAAUUAAAAUAGCCUCUAGACGUUUGUGACAAAAAUUGUAGGUAGCCUAGUACCGGUACCUAUACUUCAUAUCCCAUAGGAUAGGAGAGACUUUUCUAAAUACAAAUGUUUGUGUUGUAGAAAAAUCAUGUCUCGAAUCAGCAGUAGGCUUAUGGUUUAUUCUGAAUAAAAUAUGUUGAGACUCGAGCUUCCAAGUGAUCAAAUAUUGGUGUUACGAGAUUGUGUGAAAUUGAGACUACUUCUUCUGAAAGUCCAUUUAAAUUAAAUUCAAUGUGACACCGCUGCAUCGUCUUACGCCAGCUGCAUUGUCACAUAUAAUUUAUACCUUAAUUCAUGAUCACGUGGGCUUGAACUGGCAACGCCUUGACUGGCAGUUCAUGCCCUGGUUGACCGGACGCUCAGUCUCAACUUAUUUCAUUUCAUUAGAGUAUAUUAUUAUAAUCAUCUGUGCAAAAUGAAGUUUGAAAUCAGCAGCUCUAGGUAAAUAUUUGUUGUUUAGCAAUAGAGCGUUCACAGGUAGUCAAUAUGACAACGCUCGCAGUAUACAGUUUCGAUUGUCAAGUAUUUUAGUCACCACUACAAAUCCGUAUUUUAAUUUCUUGAAUAUUGUUGUUUACAUCAGUCUUUCCUCCUAAUGAACAUAGUACAGUUGAAAAUUAUGCAUAUAUAUUCCGACGAACAUUUAAAACUUUAUAAUAGUAUGUACCAAUAAUAUUAAUAAUCGACGUAUUAAUUUCAAUAAUUAUAAAAAACUGGUGCCAAUAUUUUUUAAGUUUUGUGACCAAAUUGUAAAAAUCCAUAUUAUUGUAAUAGUAUCUAAUUAGUGUGCAUAUGUUGCAUAAUAUAACUUAAUUGUUAUUAGGAAUGAUAACUCAUCUCUGUAACAGAGGUGGUAAUGUUAUUGAAGAGGCAUAUCUUUGUUAUGAUUGAUAACAAAUUAUGUUUGAUAGGUCAUUAAAUGAAAGGGUAAUAACAAUGUCUUAGACUGAAUCAAUGGCAGAAAUCAAAAUAUGUUGUGUAUUUUUAGAAUUAAUUUUAUCGUGUUUGUAUAAUGCCUAUAAUGCCAAAGAAUAACACUUGUUUUGCUUCUAGUGUAACAUUUAGUUAUUACUGUAUUUCUUCAUGUAAUUAAUAUAAUUUUUCAAUCAAUACAUAGAUUAUCCUCUAAUCAACAGUAAAAUUGCUCUGAUUGUUCUGUAGUAUUUACUUUUUUACAUCUCAAUUUCAUCGAAUUUUAUAUAUCCAAUUUUUAAUUAAUUGAGUUCAAUUUUCAUUUUUUCUUCCUAAUAGAGUAAAACUCGUUUAUAGUUUGGGAUUUGAACCGGUCUAAAAUUGUCGGUUGAAAUUGAAAUAAUGUAUUUAACCAAUAAUUACAAGUUGUAUUCAAUGGACGUUUAUUGAAGCUGUGAGAAUGUUAGUUAUAAAGGUGUAAGUACGGCACUUUUAUUUUCUCUUCAUCACUAAUGAAAUAAAUAAAUUUGUCGCUUUAAUUUUCCAAUGUUAUUGGUUUCAACAACUCCCCUGCUUUUUGACGUUGAAAUGAAUAUUGCUUCUAGGCAAACUUUUGUAUUACUUUUCGGAGAUCGUGUUUAGGUCGAUCUAAAAAUUAAUUUUCAAUCUUGAUACUGAUGUUUUCUUUAAGAUCUUGAAUAGUUGAAUAUACACAUUAAUUUUUUAUGGUUGGUACUGAGAAUAGACGAGCACUGGUGAGUGUCUAGAAAUCUAGUAUCAAUAGAUAAGUCAAGGUUUAUAAUAAUUUGAAUAUUAUGUAUUCAUCUGUAAUAAAUAAAGCUUGUUCGAAAUGCAA